AUGUCUGGCGAACGACGGAAGUUGUUCAAUGAUUUCAUCAAUUUCUCCACGAAGAGAGGGGAAACGCUCUUGGAAUCUUAUAAGAACAGCACAGAAGAGCAAGACAAGAAGGUUCUCAGUUUACUCGGCGCACAACAGAUCUCGGAGGAGCUUCAGAAUGCUCUGGAGAAUCCAAAGACUCACGAAUUCGCUGUCUCCAGACCCGGUCAAUCCAAGAAGGUUAUGGCAGGCUUCGUUAGGUCGGAAAACAGCUUGGAUGUGACGAUGGUCAGCACUGCAACCUUUCAAGCAGCUCUGCUUAUCACUGAGUUACAGAACAAGGCCAGCCUCCUUGAUCGACUAGCGAAGUCAGCUAUGUCAAAGAGAGAGGCUUACCGCCUUGGUCAUCCUGCAGUGGUAAAGACCUGCCUCCGACUACUGGAAGAAGGCGCGUUGAAAGAUCCAGAGCAGGAGGCGAAAGCGGACGCUGCAGCCUUUGCGGCCGCAGUGGGAGAAGCUGAAACCGCCGUGGUGGAGAUGCUCCGUUUCGCCCUAGCGUCGGGGAACGAAGCAACGCGGCAGUUUUUCUUGCAAGAAAAGGGCCUUGGAGUCCUGCUGCGCUAUAUCUUUCGAAAAGGCAAGAAGGAGCCAAAAGGGCACCAGGCAAUGGACUCAGAAAUUGACGGCCAGGAGCCAGGAACUGGCCCUGACCAGCGCGCGCGAGGUGUGCUGAAUGCGCUGAUCAAGGUGGAGGCGGAGCACUUUCCUGCAGUGAUGGCGGAAUUCCUUCAAAAAGGAGGCAUCUUAGACUUUCAAGAAGGACUGGACCUACUGCAAUGUUCAGGUUUCGCAGACUUCAUCUCGAAGCUUCUGUGGAUCGCCUGGGAUAUUCAGGUGCAGCAAGUCUUCUUCGCAGAAGCCCAUCGUCUGGAGGCUUUGGGUCUUCUCUCAAAGCUCUUCGUUUGUCCUUCCAAGGGCGCCCGUGUUUGUGCAGGUCUCCUCUUGGCCAACGCCCUGUGCCAUGCACAGCUGGGCGAUCGUGAGCGCGAAGCACAGGCGGCGCAGGGCUUGCGACAGCUCACGGAGGAGAUGGCCUGCUGUGGUGAAAGUCAAGAGCCCGAAGACCAAGAAGUUAGGACCUUCGUGGCAGGUUUGGGCCAAAGUGCCGAACGUUUCACGCGGAUUCUGACUUGUGCCCAAGCACCGUGGCAACAGCACCAUGGGCAGCUCCCGGAUGAGGAGCACCCUUUGUGGGCCGGUGCCACCUUCAGCCUGUGGUGUUUGCUGCGGAUGCGGCCAGACCCUGCCAGGCUUGCAGAUCUCCGACCCGCCUUGCCUGCAGUGGCACAGGGCGGUCCACCACGCGCCCGGUGGCUGGCGGGAGAGUUGCUUCUUCAACUGCAGCUGCAGGUGUCGGCACAGCUGCCAUCUCCAAAUUCGGAAGCCAUCGUGGAGAUGAACAUCCAGGAACGCGGCGCCUUGGAGUUUGCCCUUCAGGAGAUGUUUGAGCACACUCGAAGCGGUUUACAUUCGCAGCUCAGUGAGAGCUCACAGGUCAUCGAAACGCAGCAAAGGUUGAUCGAAGAACGACAACAGCCCUUGCCCAUUGCUUCAAAUGGCAGCACAUCCGAUGGUUGGCACCAACCCUUGGAGGCGACCCUUGCGAAGCUGAAAACGAGCCGGCAGGAGCUGAGCGGUGCGUUGGCAGAUGCCGAGCGGCAACGAAAGUCUGCAGAGACGGCCGUGCGAGAAGUGCUUGAGAUGGACAACUCGGAUCUCUCUCAAGCCGAGGACCAGGCGAUGGACCAACAGCUCCAGAGCAUGAGACAGACCGAGGCAGAAUACUUGGCACGGUGCCACGAGCAGGAGCAGCAAAGCUCUGCCUUGAGGUCACAAGAGGAGGAGGUGGCUACCGCGAAUGCAGCCAUGGAAAACGCCGAAAAGGUUUUACAGGAGAUGCGGAGUCGAAUUGCCAGCUAUGAGGCUGACAUCUCCACUCAGCAAAGAGAUGUGCAGAAUAAGCGCACGAUGGCAUCCUCGGACAUGCAGGCCGCCAGGAAUCACCUCUCCAUGGAGUUGGAGGGCAUCAAGCAGAAGCAAACCAAGUUGCGGGAACGCGCCUUACAGCUUCAGGCAGAGAUGCAAGGGGAUGGGUCCUCGGAUGCCUCGAAAGAGAUGGAUCGCCUGAAAGUCGAGGCCGGUCGUCUCAAAGGCAGAGCCGCAGAGUUGACUCAGGAGCUGCAAGCAGCUUCCAUUGACCCUCAGCAGCUGGAGCAACAGGCCUCCGCUGCAGAAAGCGCCGUCCAGCACUUGGCCGAGCAGCGCGACCAGCUCCGUGGAGAACUGCAAGGCUUGGAGGAAGAGCACUCCCAGGCCAGAUCAGAAUGGCAGCAAGCCGUCAGCAGUUUGCAGCAUGCACGGCAAGAAAAAGAGGUUGCUGACCUGCAAAGCUCCAGCUUGAGAAGACAACUGGAGGGACAGUGGGCAUCCUGGCAUCCAUUGUGGUCAAAACGCCUUCAGGCUUGGCGCCUGCGCAGCCAAGCUUUGGCAAAAGCUGCCAGGGGCGCUGAGCUGUUGGCAAAGGCUGCGCAGCGAGCCUGGGAUCAGUUGCGUCGAGAAGCGGAGUUGAGGCACCAAACUUUAGCAGAUGUGGAAGCGCUUCAGCAUCAGUUGGCAGCUUUGGCUCAUGACUUGUCAUCAAUAGAGGAUUCUAUUUUGCAUUGAAAUAUGUUCAAAA